AUGGCGAUCAUUGAAGGAAUUCUUACUAACGGUGUAACAGAAAUAUUAAAAAAAUUGGUUCCUGUUAUUGCUCAAGAGAUUAAUUUGGCAUGGGGCGUCAAAGAUGAACUCAAAACGCUUCAAGACACUUUAGAGAUGAUUCUUGCUGUGCUAGCUGAUGCGGAGAGGAGGCAAAUGACUGAAGAAGUUGUGAGAAUUUGGUUGAGAAGGCUUAAAGAUGUUGCUUAUGAUGCGGAUGAUGUGAUGGAUGAGUUGUCCUACGAAACCAUGCGUCGGUGCGUCAGGGGGAACAGCUUAAAGCAUAAGGCUCGUGAUUUCAUUUCAUCUGCGAACCCACUUGCAUUUCAUUACCAGAUGUCCAACAAAAUCAAACAUAUCAAUCGGAGGUUAGAUUCAAUUACCAAAGAUAUGAGUAGGUUUCACUUGCAAACUACACCUGCCAGCUCUAUUCUCCCUGAGGAAAGCACCGAGCAUCGGAGCCAACAAACCGCGUCCUCUGUUAAUGAAUCGGACAUUAUAGGACGGGAGGAUGAAAAGGAAAGAAUAACUAAUAUGCUAACCGGAGUCAUCCCAUCAUCAUCUGAUAGAAACACAGAAAAGGUCUCCGUCGUUUCCAUAGUUGGGAUGGGAGGACUUGGUAAAACAAGUCUAGCUCAGCUCGUCUACAAAGAUGAGUUGGUAAAUAAACAUUUUGAGCUAAAGAUGUGGGUACAUGUAUCUGAAGAUUUUGAUGUGGAAAAGCUUUUAACAAAAAUUAUGGAGUCCUCAACUCAGAAUAAGUGA